UUGAAUUUGGAAGAUUGCUUUAGGGGAUAACAACAAUAUUAGCUCCUCAUAAUAAUAUAUAGUCCAUAGAUAUCCCUUUAUUUACACUCAAACAUUUUCCUUAUCAUUGUUUUGUGAUAGUCCUUCACAAAACUUAGCCAACCCUUCAAUCCAUUACUUUAUAAUAACAAACACAACAUUAUUUUUGUGUCAAUCAACAUGAUGGAUAUCUCAUUUUCCAAUGAAUUAUGCUACAUGAGUGCAAGUAGAUGCAACCAAGACCAAGAUUUGUUCUUCUAUAGUGCACCAACUAGUCCUAGUAGACUCAAAUUAAUAGAAUAUAUUGAUUCUCAAACAACCCCUACAACACCAAGAUUAUAUGAUUAUGAAGAUUCAAACUCCAAUCUAGAUGGAUUUGAAUUCGAAACAAGUCAUCGUUUUAGUCAUAGCAAAUUGAUUAGCGCUAAGAGAAACAAAAUAGAUGUGGAAGCGUUGUUUGAACAAAAGCAAAGGAUUUGUGGCGAUUCAUCGCCUACAAUGGCAUUUGCUGAUGAGCUAUUUUGUGAUGGUAAAGUAAUGCCAUUGAUACCUCUUAAACUUCCUCCGAGGCUAGUUCACAAUGGAGAUGGAAAUGUCACGAGUAGUACUCAAAGCUCAAGAGCGACGUCACCUAAGUCACCAGGAUCGAUGCUUAGGCUUCCUUUUACGCGCUUGUGGAAGAAUGAUGAGUUUGAUCCAUUCAAGGUGGCUUUGGAGAAGAUAAGAGAAGAGAAGAGAGGAAAAAUAAAGGGUAAACAAGAACAAGAUGGUUUAAGAAGGACUAGAUCACUUUCUCCUUUGAGAGUAUUCAACAAGUGUGACAAACAUACAGAACAAUUGGAGUCACAUGGACAUGAUUGUGACAAAGCUGAGUUGAUUUGUGAGCUUCUAGAAGAGCCAAUGAAGGAAGCAUUAGGAAGAGAAAUUAUGGUUCAUGAGCCUAAGAAUAUUUUAGUUUCAAAUGAUGUUGAAGAGACAAAGAAAGAUGAGAACAAAAGAGAAGGUUUUUGGGCAAGGUUUAAGAAGGGAAAAAGUAUAAAGAAGUUUCUUUUUGGGAAAUUUGGUAAAGCUAGUUCUCAAAACAAGUUUGAAGAUAAAAAAGAAACAUUGGUGAAGAAACUUGACAUGGAAUGUGUGACAUCAACACAAUCAACCAAAUGGAGUAAUAAUGAUGAAAUAUCAGGUGAGUUUAGCCAAAUGAGAUUGGUUUGUCAUAGGCCAUUUCCAAAGUUUUUUCUUUUCUAGGUAGAAUGUAGAAUAUAGAGAUGAAAUGAAUUAGGAAUUGCUAUGUCUUAAUUCAUUCCAUGUGUGUGUAACAGUUUUAUUGAUGUCUCUAUUUAUCCUUUAUGAUUGUGGUAGGAAACUUAUGGUUGCAGAAGUUUUUUAAGAAAUUGGUUUGUUGAAAUAUAUACUAGUUGCCAACAUACUAUUUCAUCAAAUAUGUGAUUUGAAAUAAGGUUGGUAAAUAGCCACUAUAGCAUAGAGAAAAUUGAAUAAAUUAUUAUUGUUAUUCUGUUA